CACAUCCAUCAACCAGCCAGAUGUUCGUCGUCGUCUUCUUCGCCUACAUCGGCUCAUUCUUUAUUUCAUCAUAUUCAUAUCCACCAAACAUGGCUAUAUAAUAAUAAACCCCCAAAUAUUCAACCCUUCUAGUAAUUGUGCCCUUUCCAAAUUCCAAUAGUCUUUCUCUCCUGCUGAUGAUUUCAGUUCCACCGCACAUUUGGUUUCCAAUCAACCGGUGGAAAAUAGCAAGAACGAAUUGGGUAUUCUUCUCCGUCACUUCCUCACUAAUCAAGAGGUCUAACUACUUUCAGCUAUGGCCUCAGCUUAUGGAUUUUAUUCUCUCGCUAGCCUUGGGUGGACCUACACUCUCUCAUCCACGCGUUAUCGGAUGCUGACAAUCCAAUCUUGUUCGAGAAUCCCAAUUGCAGCUUCAAACAAUCAAAACUCCGUCUUUAUUGCGGCAAACCCUAGUAAGAUUUCGAAAAUUCGAGAUUCCAGAGUGUUCAAUUCGGUCGAAUUGGACAGAUUCUUGACGAGCAACGACGAGGAUGAAAUGGGUGAAGGAUUUUUCGAGGCAAUUGAGGAAUUAGAACGGAUGACUCGGGAACCGUCGGACGUUCUUGAAGAAAUGAACGAGCGACUCUCCGCUAGAGAAUUGCAGUUGGUUCUUGUCUAUUUCUCUCAAGAAGGAAGAGAUUCUUGGUGCGCUUUGGAGGUUUUCGAAUGGCUGAAGAAGGAGAAUCGGGUGGAUAAAGAGACAAUGGAGCUGAUGGUUUCUCUGAUGUGCGAUUGGGUUAAGAAGCUGAUUGAAGGGAAGAAGGAAGUAGCUGAAGUUGUUGAUCUUCUUGUUGAUAUGGAUUGCGUUGGAUUGAAACCAGGUUUCAGUAUGAUUGAGAAGGUGAUAUCUCUGUACUGGGAUUACGAGAAGAAGGACAUGGCUGUUUGCUUCGUGGAGGAGAUUCUAAAGAGAGGGAUUGUUUCCUCUGAUGAUGCUCAACGGAAAGGUGGCCCGGUUGGUUACCUUGCUUGGAAGAUGAUGACAGCAGGUGACUAUCGGGGCGCAGUUAACUUUGUUGUUCAACACAAAGGAGGAGAGGUUUACAGUUACCUGAUCGGAAUGACAGCAGUUGUCAAAGAGCUAAACGAAUUCGCAAAAGCUUUGCGAAAGUUAAAAGGUUUCAACAAGGCUGGAAUAAUUGCAGAGCUAAAUCAACAAAACAUAGACCUAAUCGAACAGUACAAAUCGGAUCUUCUGGCAAGCGGUUUACACUUGUCUAAACUAGUUCUCCAAGAGGGAAGCCCGUCUCUAGAAGGAAUGGUGCACGAGAGGCUACUCGCCAUGUAUAUUUGUGCAGGCCGUGGAUUGUUAGCAGAAAAACAAUUAUGGGAAAUGAAGAUUUCUGGGAAAGAGGCAGACUCAGAUCUUUACGAUAUUGUGUUAGCCAUCUGCGCAUCUCAACAAGAGACAACUGCAAUUGGGCGGUUGAUGUCUAGAAUGGAAGUAACAAGUUAUUUGGGGAAGAAGAAGAGUUUAUCGUGGUUAUUGAGAGGUUACUUAAAAGGGGGGCAUUUUCUUGAAGCUGCGGAUACUGUUAUGAAAAUGAUUGACAGCGGAUUGAACCCGGAGUUUCUUGAUAGGGCUGCUGUCCUGCAGGAAAUGAGGAAGAGAAUUAACCAAGCGGGUUAUUCCGACAAGUAUCUGAAGCUGUGUAAGCGACUAUCGGAUGCAAAUCUAACUGGACCGUGUUUGGUUUACACGUAUAUAAAGAAACACAAGCUGUGGAUAAUAAAGACACUUUGAAACUCUUGUGUGUAUAUGGUUUUAGAUACCUGUAUAGUAAAAGUACAAUAAUCAAAUGUUGAUGAGGGGAGAGUCUUCUUAGCAUUAAAUAUGUUAGCUAUUCUAUAUGUGUGUGUGUAAGUAAAUAGGAUGGAGUUGUAAGUAAUCAGUGUUACAUAUGCUUUCUGUCAGGUCUGUUUUUACCAAUUUUGGGGUCAAAAUCAAACAUGGGAAGGCAUUUGGCUAUAGUACCUGGGAUGUUUGGUUCAA